AUGGCAAAUAAAGGACAGCAGCCUCCUCACCUGCACCUGGCCGAGGUCACCGCGUCCCAGUUCCUGGACAUCUGGAAACACUUCGACGCGGACGGUAAUGGAUACAUUGAGGGAAAAGAGCUGGAGAACUUCUUCAGGGAGCUGGAAUCUGCCCGGAGAGGAGCAGGAGUGGACCCGACAAACCCCAUCUUCAGAGAAAAGAUGAAGGAGUUCAUGCAAAAGUUCGACAAGAACAAAGACGGACGCAUUGAGAUGUCGGAGCUGGCCCAGAUCCUCCCGACUGAGGAGAACUUCCUGCUCUGCUUCAGACAGUUUGUCAGCUCCAGCGCCGAGUUCAUGGCGGCGUGGAGGCGAUAUGACACGGACCGCAGCGGCUACAUCGAGGCCAACGAGCUGAAGGGUUUCCUUUCAGACCUGCUGGAGAAGGCCAACAGACACUACGAUGACCAGAAGCUGCAGGAGUACACACAGACCAUACUCAGGAUGUUUGAUCUGAAUGGAGAUGGGAAGCUGGGCCUCUCAGAGAUGGCGAGGCUUCUUCCCGUGCAGGAGAAUUUCCUGCUCAAAUUCCAGGGCGUCAAGAUGACUUCUGAGCAGUUCAACUCCAUCUUCACAUACUAUGACAAGGAUGGAAACGGCUACAUCGAUGAGCACGAGCUGGAGGCUCUGCUACGAGACCUUUACCAGAAAAACAAGAAGGUGAGAGUCGGAUGA